CUUCUGUCGCGAGAAGUCCUAAAGCCACCGCGAGUCUUUGCGCUCUAUAUACAAAUUGAUGAAUCCUCAUAUACUGUACCAGCAAUGUUCAAUACUCCGCGAUCAGCAAAACGCAGGCGCCUCAAUUCUUCCGAAUCACCAUCGAACGACCGAUCGACGCGACGCUCUACCAAAGUGAAGCCCUCGGAUCGUGCUGAAUUCGAAGUUAUUGAAGUGAAAGAGAGCCCGAUAUAUGAUAUUGACGAGCUGUGGAGUGUGGAAGCGAAUCGGUCGAUACCAUUGCGGCAAAAUAUGGAAGCAAGCUCACAAGCGCACGAUCCGACCCCAGAGCAACAUGCAGAUACACCAACAAAGAGCGGCUCAAGAGCCCGAACGACACGGCGAGAUGGAAGCAUUACGCAGAGCAAAAUGUCGACAAGGGCAUCGAGGCGUCAGCAUGCGACGGAUAUAAGCGGCAAUGAAGACAAGGAUAUGAACUUAGAUCGUCAAAACGGCCGUUCAGAUCUCGACACAGUUACCUCUUCUGCUGAACAUAAACACCCUGGGUCUGCAAGGAAAUCAUACGUGCGAGAAACUGGUGCAGAAGCAUUGGUUUCUGAUGCGCAAAGCAGAAAAGCGCCUGAUUCAAAGCCAAUGGGCCGAAGAAACCGGAGCGAAGUGCUUGAACUGGAGCCACAAGGAGACAUUGAGGUUGACGAAAACGCAAUGGAUGUCGAUGGCAAGGAUUUGGUACCUGAUGCGGCGUUCAAUGGUGCUGGCGUUGCGAAAAAUGACCCCAUUGCAUCUGGACAAUGCCAUCAAGUACCGGACAACCAGAUGAAGAUCCUCAGGUCUUUGGCCAUGUCCAAACUCUCACAACGGCGUCGCAUACCGCUCAUAAACUUAGACGCCGAAUAUGCGAAAGUGUACCAACUCUUGCACGCGACUGUGACCACAGGAGAGUCCAACUCUUUGCUUCUCAUAGGCGCGCGGGGAAGCGGAAAAACAUCCAUGAUUAACUCGGUGUUAAAUGACCUUUCUCGGUCGCAAAAGGAACAUUUCCAUACCGUUCGCCUCAACGGUUUUAUGCAGACAGAUGACAAGAUUGCGUUACGAGAGAUAUGGCGGCAGCUCGGCAGAGAAAUGGAGAUCUCUGAGAUGGAAAAUGGAGGCGGCAAGAGCUACGCGGAUACUCUGACCAUGCUUCUCGCCUUACUAUCACAUCCUGAAGAAAUUGCAGGUGGGCGCGUCGAUUCAGGAAGAGUUGCAAAAUCCAUCAUUUUCAUCAUGGACGAGUUCGAUCUGUUUGCUACGCAUGCGAGGCAAACGCUGCUAUAUAAUCUGCUGGACAUUGCGCAGUCUCGAAAAGCACCCAUUGCGGUCAUUGGGCUUACUACACGCAUAGAUGUUACAGAAGCACUAGAAAAGCGUGUCAAGAGCCGUUUCAGUCACCGAUACGUGCAUCUUUCUUUGCCGAAGACUCUAUCUGAAUUUGUGGAUGUGGCAAAGUCUGCAUUGCAAGUACAGCCGGACGAGCUGACAAUCGAGGAGAAGGCGAUAUUAUUCAGUGGAGGACCCAACAGUGGAUCGAUCAAUACGAAGUCGGUAAACACGAAUUUGAGCGUCAGCGUAGUUGAGGGUUGGAACGCUGCUGUUGAGACACUCUUCACGUCGUCGUCAUUUCUGAAAUCACACGUGCAUCCCAUCUACUACACCACCAAGUCGAUACCCGCGUUGUUCGCCAACCUCCUUGUCCCUGUCAGCUCGCUCACGGCCCUCCCGGAGGAAUCUAACUUCACAAACGCCGCAGACCGACUUCUCACACCACCUGACUCUAAUCUCCACAUUUUGCCGGCGCUCUCAGAGCUUGCUCUUUCGCUCCUUAUUGCCGCGUGCCGGUUGACCAUCAUACACUCCACUGACACCACGAACUUUCCGCUUGCUUACGCCGAGUAUGUGUCCUUAGCGUCCAAGGCCAGAGUCAACAGCGCAGCGAGCGGCGCAUUGGCUUCUGGCUCAGGCUCGCGUGUGUUUGGAAAGGCGGUCGCCCGAAAAGAAUGGGAGAAACUCGUCGGUUAUGGAAUCGUUGUUCCCGUCGCUAGCGGCGCAUUUGGUCUGGGUUCGGUGGCCACUGGCGCAGGAAAAGGAAUGGAAUUGGUACGAGUAGAUAUCGCGCUAGAGGAAAUACCCCUUAGCGUAGAGAUGAGCGCUGUCAUGGAAAAGUGGUGCUUGCAGAUCUAAAGUGAGAAAUUCGAAGACCUCGGUUGCAAAACGCUUUCUGCACCAAUUGCAUUCAUAAUUCUCAUUAUGUCCUAGAAUUUGGAUGGCGUCCCUUCUCUCUUAUCAAGAUACCUG